GUGUGGUUUUGUUGUUGUUUUGUUUAUUAUGCAUUUCUUUUUUAUUGUUUGAGUUAGCGAGUUGUGCGUCGCGUCGGCAAAUUAAAUAAAAUCCGCGGCAUUUCGGCAGUUGCGGGUAAUAAUUGCUUGGCGGGAAUUGCAGUCGAAUAAGAAAUAGGCGAAGAAAACCCAACAAAUGUGCAAUGUGCGUCAAGUCAAUAGCAAUACAAACGAAUAAUUAUUGCUAACGUGAUCGCGUCAAGGCACAAAAACAUUCCAUGCAUCAUCAGCAGCGCCUGCGGCCAAAUGGCGGACGAGGAUUGGGCGCGGGAACAGGAGGACCAGUGUCCGGUGGACACUCACCAUUGUGUGCCCACUGUCGGGGUCAAUUGCUGCCCCAUCCGGAGGAGCCCAUCGUGAUGGCCCUGGGCCAGCAAUGGCACUGCGAUUGCUUUCGCUGCUCCGUUUGCGAGGGCCAUCUGCACAACUGGUACUUUGAGCGCGAGGGAUUACUGUACUGCCGGGAGGAUUACUACGGCCGUUUCGGCGAUGCCUGUCAGCAGUGUACGGCCGUUAUUACCGGACCCGUAAUGGUCGCCGGCGAGCACAAAUUCCAUCCGGAGUGCUUCUGCUGCACGGCAUGCGGCUCCUUCAUCGGCGAGGGCGAAUCGUAUGCGCUUGUCGAGCGUUCGAAGCUCUACUGUGGCCAGUGCUAUGGCAAACGCUCCUGCCAGCCGGCGGAUGCCAAGGCGCGAAUCACGACCGCCGGCAAGCCGAUGCACUCCAUCCGCCUGGUCGAGAUACCCAAGGACGCCACGCCGGGUCUGAGGGUCGAUGGAGUGGCCCUCGACGACGGUUGUCCCACGGUCCGCAUUACAGACUUGUUCUGUAACUUCUUCUUUUGGCUGACCUCGAUGGCGGAGCAGUGCUGUGGGGCGCCCUAUAGGAUCGAUGUGAACCUUACCAAUCUGCACAUUGGCGAUCGGAUCUUGGAGGUGAACGGCACACCAGUUAGUGAUUCGUCGGUGGAGCAGAUUGACAAACUAAUACGAAGUAAUGAGAAGAUGCUUCAGCUGACCGUGGAGCAUGAUCCGGUGCAGGUGUGCCGCUCCUGCAGCCAAGCGGACAUCCAGCGAGCCAUGUCAGCGUCCACGUUAAUCCUGCCCCUCAGCACAUCGGCCUCCAGUGUCGAGGUGGGCAGGGAGCGACUGUACAAGACGCCCGGCGAACAGGGCACAAAGGCCAGGAAACUGCGACAGGCCACCAACGCAUCAACGACAAUACCACCCGCUGCUGGAGCUGGAGCUGGAGCCACCGCCAUGACGCAACUGAAGGAGAAGGAGCGCUGCUCCAGUCUGUCCAAGUUGCUGGAUGAACAGCAUCAGGCACAACAGCACUCGGCGCAUCCGCAGCUCUACGAUCUAUCCAGGACGCAAUCGUGUCGUGUGGUCCAGAAACCGCAGCGUAUCUUUCGUGCCUCCGAUCUGGUUAUCGGUGAAAAGUUGGGCGAGGGCUUCUUUGGCAAGGUUUUCAAGGUGACCCAUCGUCAGAGUGGCGAGGUGAUGGUACUCAAAGAACUGCAUCGUGCCGAUGAGGAAGCUCAGCGGAAUUUCAUCAAGGAAGUGGCCGUUCUCCGUUUGCUCGACCAUCGGCAUGUGCUUAAGUUCAUUGGUGUGCUGUAUAAGGAUAAGAAACUGCACAUGGUCACGGAAUACGUGGCCGGUGGUUGUCUCAAGGAGCUAAUCCACGAUCCAGCCCAGGUACUCUCGUGGCCCCAGCGCGUCUGCUUGGCCAGGGAUAUUGCGUGCGGCAUGAGCUACCUGCACUCGAUGAACAUCAUCCAUCGUGAUUUGAACUCAAUGAAUUGCCUGGUGCGUGAGGAUCGCUCGGUCAUUGUGGCGGAUUUUGGGCUAGCACGCAGUGUGGACGCGCCGCGUCUGCCAGGUGGAGUGACCUCCACGGAUCGCGGUGGCAAUAUGACGCCAGGCGGUUAUGGAUCUGGCGCUGGCAGCGAUGCGGCCAUGUCACCGAGUGGAACGCUCAGGCGCAGCAAGAGCAGACAGCGUAGGCAACGUUAUACGGUGGUCGGGAAUCCCUACUGGAUGGCACCCGAGAUGAUGAAGGGUCUCAGGUACGACGAGAAGGUGGACGUCUUCUCCUUUGGCAUAAUGUUGUGUGAGAUCAUUGGACGCGUGGAAGCUGAUCCGGAUUUUAUGCCCCGCAAUUCGGACUUUAGUCUCAAUCAGCAGGAGUUUCGCGAGAAGUUCUGCGCCCAGUGUCCGGAGCCUUUUGUUAAAGUGGCCUUUGUGUGCUGUGAUCUGAAUCCCGAUCUGCGUCCGUGUUUCGAAACUCUGCACGUUUGGCUGCUGCGUCUCGCCGAUGAUCUGGCCGCCGAUCGUGUGCCGCCAGAGCGCCUGCUGCACGAGAUUGAGACCUUUCAGGAAUGGUACGCCAGCUCAGAGGACGCCUUGUCGCCCACCUCCCAGAGCAGCUUAAAUAACCUCAAUGAGUUGGUCAAGAAUGCUGUCGAUUCGGUCAUUUCGCCCGUGGAAAAGGAGAAGGAGAACCUGGUGAUAAAGCCCCAGGAUAUACCCAAAUCUCCACAUCUCGGCAAGGAUUUCUCACCCAGCGGCGAGAGAUUGCGUGACAGCAUGCGGGCCAGGCGUCGCCAGCGUUUCUUGGGCGCCCAGGAGGAGCGACGUAAUCUCACGCCCGAUACGGAGUCCAAGGAGAGGGCUUUGAAGAAGGCGCUUAAGAAAUGCCGUCCGUUUGGCGAAAGAGGUUACCUGGUCGAUCUGCGCCACGGUGCCGAACUGCAGCUGCAGGAUGUCAGGGAUCUGAACACCUAUUCCGAUGUGGACUCCAGUUGCGAUACUAGCCUAAAUUACCAUGAUGUGAAUAAUCUGCCAGCAGCGCAAGAGGAUGAGAAUGCGGUGAAAGCUGCCAGUGAGCAACUGGAGGAGAGCACAAUUAGACCCAGCAACCAGGAGACGCAACACCACCGCCUGGCCAUCGAUGAUAUGCGCACCCGCCUGAAUCAGUGCCGCAGCAAAUUCGAGCAUUUGGAGGAAGCCAGUCGGCGGAACUUCAACCAGUCGCAGCACUCCAUGAAGAACUUCUUCAAAACGCCACCGGUGGCCCUGAAAAUGUUCCAGCGCCUAGAGCACGAGGCUGCCGCCCUGAAUGGUGGCAACAAUUGCCCACCGCCACCACCGCGUACGCAGCGCAUCAAUCAGACGCCAAUCUUUGGUCGAAAGAAUCCAUCCGUUGCGAUUGUGGGGCAAAAGCUGCAGCACGCUGAAUCCCUAGAGAAUCUGGCCACCAGCGGCGUGGCCAAACAGUUGGCCACACCAGCGCCCAAACGCAGCAAAGCCACAGCAACGACCAAAAGCCAGAGCAGCAACAGCACCAUUGUCAAUCCGCCACUUUUCCUGCCGACCAGCCUCAACAAUAGCGUCACAUUAACCAGCAAUGGAAAUGCGAUCACCAAUGCGACCAAUACGAACAGCAGUUGUCCACCAGCCGCCUCAGACUGGCUGCCAAAGAAACACAAGCUAGCGCUGCCACUUCCGCCGCUCCAGCAGCAGCGAACGAGCACCAAUCAUCGCCUGCCAUCGAGCAACAGCAAAGCGAAGCCACUGAAGCCACUGCCCAGUCGCACAGGCACGCAAGGCACUCAAGGCAACACCGCCAGCAAUUGCGUAUCGCCCACCAGAAGCAACCGACCCGGAUCACCCAGCAAGCAUCUGGCCCAAAGGCACACUGCCGCCACGGCCCAGCGACUGACAAUUGCGGCCGCCACCCACCAGCAUCAGCAGCAACAAUCCUCGAAGACGACGCGCCUGAACAUCCUGAGUCCGGAAAAGGUGCAUCACCUGGGCGCCCGACUCACCGAUCAGAAGCAGAAAAUGCGCGAGGAGGCCGCAGCGACGGCCGCAUCCAUCGUUGGAGCUGGAACGGCGACGGGUACCUUGAAUGGUCAUCGGAACGGAGCCGCCGGCGCGCCAAACUCGGCGGUCGGUGAAAGGAGGAGGCGAGCAGCACCACCACCGCCGCCAGCUCGCACGCAUUUCAAUACGCGCUGCUAGCUAUAAACUCUCUAUAUACGAUUGUCAAGUGUUGUGCGCACAGUUUGUUGUGGUUCCACUCAGGAAGCAACUGUAAGAAGCUUAAUGUUCUGCGAUCGAACUGUCGUAAUUAGCGUAAAUGUUUUUUAACGAUAUAACUGUUGUUAUUCAUAUAACCAUUCGCUUUUGUAUCGUACAGAAAUAGCCAUUUUUCUAGUAUUCCACUACUUAAGCAUAAUGCCACUAAAUUCCUGUAACAUUUCCAUGGCUCUCCAUGUAGAGGCACUGUCUUUUUUUUUGUUUAAAUAUAUAAUGCCCUUUUUAUGUAUAUAACUUUAAGGAACCAGUGAACUGUCUGUCCCGCUGUUAUAAACGCAACUGUUAUACGCACAUGACAAGAUCAACAUUCCGAUUUCAACAUUUGAUUUAGAGUUUCAACAAAAACGAAGGUUAAGUGCCUGUUAGGAAAGAAAAAGCAACAAGUUGCAAUAUUUACAUAGAUUGUAUAAACCAUGCGAAUAAUUAUAGUAUGUAAGAUUACAGGGUAACUACUGUUUCGACUAACCCAACAAACUCAACUAGAAGCAAAGCUAAGCAAUUACUCGUUUAACCCACUAUUGUCUGAAAGAGAUAGAGAAGUACGGAUAAAGAGAGAGAGAAGAUGGAAGAAACUUGUGCCAUGAUGUUGAGCGAAAAACGAACGAUGAAUCGAUGAUGAAUCCUUGAGAGUAGAAGAUCCCACCCGCGAGAAAAGACAAAAGGAACGAAAAGAACUUUAACUAGAUAAAAUUGUGGUUUAAAUAUUUUUUGAUAUACAGCGUAUAUGAAUGUAUUUAUAUAACUAUUCCAUAACUAUAUCUAUAUAGAUAAACGUAUUCCAUGUUAGUGCUUAAAUCUAAUUUAUUAUUUAUCGAUUCUCAACCCAUCCACCCCCCGCCCCGCCCGUCCCCUCAUUCCAAGAACAAUAAUUAACAAUGCUAAGAAUGAAACCUUUUUGUAUUGAUGAGGAAAAGUCUAACUGCUAUACCUAAAUAUACAAAUAAGAAUGUUUUUGCUCAACGGCGAAUUUUAGUUGUACACACACACACACAUACACGCUAACUGUUAUACAAAAGAAACACACACGCUAACUGUUAUACAAAAGAAACGCACACGCUCAAGCCUAAUACUGUUAUACUGUGUACUUUUACUUUAUAUAGCCAUUAUAUACCUAAACCUAAAUAUAUAGGAUCGAAACGCUUGCAAUUAACCGCUUCUACAAGACACUUGAGCCGGACCCUUGUUAUACGGACGUAUGACAGUAGAACAGUGGCCGCGCCGAACCGAUCUAGCAUUUAACUAUCUAUAUACAUACAAAUAUAAACAAAUAUGUGCGAUAUUUUUUAUAUGCAGCUAA